UUUCAGUUCAAUUAGAUUCAGUUAAACCAAACCAUUUUAUGCACCCAGUCAUCACUCCCUCCAUUUCGGCUUCACUCCAAAGUCCAAACCAUUACGGCUGCCCUCUCCACUCCCUCGUCUCCAUUUCUUUCAGUAAUCAUCAGAAACAAUCAACGAUGUACCGGCGCUCCUCGAUCUGUCUCUACCAAUCCGUUCUCAGACGCCAUUUCCUGACAUUUGCAAACCCUAAUUCUUCGUUCCCGCCCGCCCAACCCUUAAUUUCAGAGCCGUACCCGCUGUUGAAACCCGGAAGAAGCCCUCUUCGUUGUCUUCAUCCGGCGAGCUUGAAGGUUCUUCCCAAUCUGAGACUCUACAGCGCCGACACAGACAGAGAAGUGGACACGAUCAACCUCAAGUUCGCAGAAGCUAGGGAGGACAUAGAGACGGCGAUGGAAUCUAAAGAAACUCUGUAUUUCGAUGAGGAAGCUGAAUGUGCACGCAAUGCUGUCAAUGAGGUUCUGGAGUUGUACGAUGGCCUGCUGGCGAAGCUGCCUGAGAAAGAAAAGGGUGCUGUACAGAGAUCCAUGGGGCUGAAGAUUGAACAGCUAAAAGCUGAGCUUGAUCAAUUGAAUGAAUGAUUGAUUUAUGUAGUGAGGUUUGUCCGGUUUUUCAUUUGAGUAUGGGUUUAACUAUCAAUUUAUCCUACAAGUACAAUUCAUGUGUAUUUUCUAUCUAAAGUAUUCCUAUUACCCCGUAUUUCAGAGGUGAGAAAUAAUUGUUCAUUUUUUUGUCGCAAGGGAAAUCAAUCUCUUCAUAAACUAUUUCAGUUUACACGGGUAUGACAAAUCUUUGUUCGCUUUCAAGGUCUUUAUACAUCUAUUGAUGUGAACCAUUUCGAAAAUCGAAACUGAUGUUCUGUUUGGUACUUUGGUUAGAAGGAUAUAAAUCCAACAGAUGUUUGAUAAUAUUAACUCUGGCUAUGAAAGUUUUGUUCUAUUUUUGCUUGAGUUGACAUGAGGAUUACUAAAAAUU